UCAAUAGAACGCCACGCCCCUCGCUUCAUGUGAUUUUGUGAUUUCGGCGAUUAAGGCGUUACAUCAAUUAACUGACAGCACUUCUUGCCCUUUUGAACUUACAAUGGUUUUGGUGUUGGUGUUAGGGGACCUGCACAUCCCGCACCGGUGCAGCAGUCUUCCAAACAAGUUCAAGAAGUUGCUGGUGCCCGGACGCAUCCAGCACAUCCUCUGCACGGGCAACCUUUGUGCGAAGGAGUCGUUUGACUACCUCAAGACACUCGCCAGUGACGUCCACGUCGUCCGAGGAGAAUUCGAUGAGAACUUGAGUUACCCUGAGCAGAAAGUGGUGACCGUCGGACAGUUUAGGAUCGGAUUAUGCCAUGGUCACCAGGUUGUACCUUGGGGUGACCCUGAAGCGCUGGCUCUAGUUCAGCGUCAAUUAGAUGUGGACAUUCUCAUCACAGGGCACACCCACAAGUUUGAGGCGUACGAGCACGGAAGCAAAUUUUACAUCAACCCCGGAUCAGCCACUGGCGCCUACCACCCUCUUGAGAACAAUGUGGUGCCGUCGUUUAUGCUGAUGGACAUCAAGAGCUCAACAGUGAUGACUUAUGUGUACCAACUGCAGGGAGAUGAGGUGAAGGUCGAGCGCAUUGAGUACAAGAAAAACUGAAUCUCUCGAAACUAAACUUCCACGCAACUGAAAACGGAGCAAACAGACUCUCAAAUCUACAUCAGAAUUGUUGAUUAUUCGAUAUGAGGCCUCCAAGUUAUUUUGACAGUGGGAGACCAAAUUCCAGUGGUAAUAUUAAUCUACUUUAGUCUUAAUUGUAAAAUACAUAACAAUGUUGUAUUGCUGCAGAGUUUUGUGUGAACUCGUUUGUUUUUCUGCAAAAUCGUUUGUAAAAAGUCUAUUUAGGCCGACGGGUCGAAAUGUCGUGGCGUCAAUUUUAUCUCUCAUUGUUUGGCUGAAACUUUUGCGCAUUAUUUUGUCUUGCUGACGAAAAUAAUUUGAGAUCAUUGAUUCAAUAAUAAUAUUCAUUUAUUUACA